AUGUCAGAUUUCAACACAACCAAAUUCACCAACCCCUCCACCCUCAUCCUGCUGGGCAUCCCUGGCCUGGAGGUGGCCCAUGUCUGGCUUUCCAUCCCCUUCUGUGCGAUGUACGCCAUAGCCCUCUUGGGGAACUUCGCCAUCCUACUCAUUGUGAAGAAAGAGCCAACCCUCCAUGAGCCCAUGUACUAUUUCCUCUGUAUGCUGGCCGCCACUGACCUGGUCCUGUCCACGUCCACCCUGCCGAAAACACUGAGCAUCUUCUGGUUCAAUUCCAGGGAGAUCGAUUUCAGAGCCUGCCUCACCCAGAUGUUCUUCAUUCACUGCUUUUUUGGGGUGGAGUCUGGGAUCUUCGUGGCCAUGGCGUUGGAUCGCUACGUGGCCAUCUGCCAUCCCCUGAGACAUUCCACCAUCCUCACAAACCGGGUGGUGGCUAUAAUUGGCCUGGCCGUAUUGCUGCGCAGCAGCAUGAUUGUGCUGCCUCAUCCCUUCCUAGCAAGGCUGUUGCCUUAUUGCGGAAACAACAUUUUCCCCCAUUCAUACUGCGAGUUCUUCGGCGUGGUGAAGCUGGCCUGUGGCGACAUCCGGGUCAGUAGCUACUAUGGCCUCUUUGUAACACUAACAAGGAACAGUCUAGAUAUGCUUUGUAUCGCUGUGUCCUACACUCAAAUCCUCAGGGCCAUCUUCCGUCUCCCCACCAAGAACGCCCGGCUCAAGACUUUUGGGACCUGCAGCGCCCACCUCUGCGCCUUUUUAGUCUUUUACAUCCCAGCUCUCUUCUCUACCCUCACACACCAGUUUGGCAAGAAUGUGCCCCUGCAUUUCCAUAUUCUGUUUGCCAACAUGUGCCUCCUGGUGCCCCCCACGUUAAACCCCAUCAUCUAUGGGGUGAGGACCAAACAGAUCUGGGACAGAAUGCUCUGGCUAUUUACUCAAAAGAGAACCUAA